CCUUCACAGGGGGGGUCACAUUUUCUCAGAGCAGCCUCUUCUGUCGGGAACAGAAACAAGGAGAGUUGGAGGCUCCGCAACAUCGGCGAUGAUUUUCUUUCUGGAAUUAUAAUUUUUUUUUUUUUACGCCUCAAGAAGAAGUCGGAAUGUGAGAAAAGUUUGCGUCUCGGCUUUUUUUUGGUCUCCUUUUGUGCAUUUAAGGGAAUAUAUAUUUAAGUGUUGAGUGUUAGCUGUGGAUCCCCGAACAGAGAGCGUUUUUUUUGGGGUUGGGGGGGCCAGCAGCAGCAGCAGCAGCACCGGAGCGAGAGCAACGGGGACACAAGAACCUAUGUGAUCCGGUUUUUAAAAGAGAAUUCUUCAACAACAACAAAAAAUAAAAAUGAGACAGUUCAUCCAUGGAAACGUUUAGUUCUUAAAGACAGCUUGGGUUGGGGGGGGCUUAACCUCAACAUAUGAGCUUUCAUAUCGAGCCUGUGAGUUAUUUGAAUUGUCAGAGAAAGCAGAGCGGAGUUUUUUCACGACAACAACAGCAACAGCAGCGUCUGCGAUCCGGCUCAACAUGAACCUGAUCGGGGGCUACCAGCACCACCACCCGCACCCCCACCACCACCUGAUGCACGAGCCCUUCCCGUUCGUGCAGCGGUGUCACCAGGACGCGCCGUACUUCCAGAGCUGGGUGCUGAACCACGGCGAGCCGCAGCCUCCGCCGCAGUCCGGGUUGGACUUCCCGCUGCAGGCGCAGUACGCGGCCGGGGAGCACGGUGGUGGUGGGGCCGCGGGGCCCGGGGCCGCGGCGCUGCACGACGCCCGGCUGGAGGCGCUCCAGGGCGGGGCCGGGAAGCGGAGGACGUCGGGGCCGAAGAAGGAGCGCCGCCGGACGGAGAGCAUCAACACGGCGUUCGCGGAGCUGCGGGAGUGCAUCCCCAACGUGCCCGCGGACACCAAGCUGUCCAAGAUUAAAACGCUGCGCCUCGCGACCAGCUACAUCGCCUACCUGAUGGACGUGCUGGACAAGGACUCCGGCGAGGCCGAGGGCUUCAAGGCCGAGAUUAAGAAAUAUGAAAACCGGGACCUGAAAAGGAAACGGGAGCCGACUGACGGACUGCACGAGUCUCUGGAAGCCGGCAAGAAGGCGAAGGGUCGGACCGGUUGGCCGCAGCAGGUCUGGGCUCUGGAGCUCAACCAGUGACCCUAACCCUAACAAAAACCCUCCUCCGAGACCCUGACCCAAAAGAAAAGACUCCUCCCAGACCCUGACCCUCCUCCCGGACCCUGACCCUCCUCCCAGACCCUAACUCUAACAAAAACCCUCCUCCCAGACCCUGACCCUUUUCCCAGACCCUAACCCUAACAAAACCCCUCCUGCCGGACCUGAACCCUAACAAAACCCCUCCUCCCGGACCUGAACCCUAACAAAAACCUUCCUCCCGGGCGCUUACCCUAAAGAAAAGCCUCCUCCAAGACCCUGACCCUCUUCCCAGAUCCUAACCCUAACAAAAACCCUCCUCCGAGACCCUGACCCUUUUCCCAGAACCUAACCCUAACAAAAACCCUCCUCCCGGACCUGAACGCUAACAAAAACCCUCCUCCAAGACUCUGACCUCUCUUACCAGACCCUAACCCUAACAAAAACCCUCCUCCCGGACCCUGACCCUUUUCCCAGACCCUAACCCUAAAAAAAAGCCUCCUCCCGGACCCUAAUCCGGAAGAAAAGCCUCCUCCCGGACCCUAACCCUAAAGAAAACCCUCCUCUCAGACUCUGGAUUCAAAUCAGAUUGAAAACAAACCACUGACUGACUGAACCAAAACACGGAGAGAGAGAGAGAGAGAGAGAGAGAGAGAGAGCGAGAGAGAGCGAGAGAGAGAGCGAGAGAGAGAAUGAAAGGACCACAUGACGGAGACGGUGCGGUCUCUGAGUGACUGUAGGUGUUUGAUAUUUGUGGUAUUUCUGCUUUUUGAUGUUUUGAUGUUCCAGCCCCCUCCGUACUGUAGACCAGAUGUUGCCACAUGUGUCCGAAAACAACAUCUGUCUCCCCUAAAAAAUGUGUUUUUAUCUGGCGUCGAGUGGCGGUGGAGCAGAAAAUGAAUACAUUACAACACAUGUCAAGUGGAGUAAAUGUCGUGGAACGCUAGGCCUACUAAAAGUGCAAACAUUAAGUUGUUUUUGACUUUUUUCAUUAUAUUUUUUUUCAGAGCUGCAAAGAUUAAUUGAUGAGUUGUUUAUUAAAUUAAUCGGUUUGAGUAAUUUUUUAUGAAAAGUAAAAGUUUUCUGAAAAAUUUUCUGAUUCCAGCUUCUUAAAUGUGAACAUUUUCUAGUUCCUUGGCAGUAAUCUCACCAAAAUGCAGAGUCCCGCUUCAAUGUUUAAUUUAAAGGUGCAGUAGGUAGGAUUGUGAAGAUCCAGGACUUCGCCAAAAAAUUUGAACAUCUAAAACUUCUCAGUCCCUCGCCCCCUUUCUGCUAAAGCUCAAAACGGUCUCCUAAGCCCCUCCCCCCACAAGGGAGAAUGAAUGCGUGUGCAUGAGCAGUGAUUGGCACGCAGUUAGUUAGACUCAACGUUCCUAUACUUCAAAUACAAAAAAAGAUAAGAAAAGAAAAACUAUCUUUUUAAUGUCAUGUCAUGUAAAUGAAAUGAAAAUGAAUGUAGAAAUAAUUUCUGUCCCAGAGGAAACACAUUUUUGAGGGGAAAGUUUUAUUUUUAUUUGCUCACUGUUUCAUCCCGCAGUCAUAAUAUUUUAAAUAACAUUAAUCCAUCAUUCCCAGUCAGAUCGCUCGGUUACGUUGUAACCUUGGUUCUCUGAGAGAUAUUCUUCUUACGAUAGAGAACUGUCACAAAGAAAGAAACUCAGACUGUAAACUAUAUAACUGCCGGCUGUUGUUGAUGUUUCUUGUAGAGAAUUAUUGAAUUUACUGAAUCUACCUCAAAAAUUAAAGUCACUGUCUGUUCUGAGAGUUUCCGACAUGUUAAAAAAACACUAAAACUAAAAAGGGAUAAAAGCUUUAUUUCUGUGCGAAAUGUUGAUGGAAAUGUACAUUGAUUGUGAAGUUAUAUAUAGUUACGUAAAUAAAUGAAUUAUUUUAAGUCA